GAGGUGGGGCAACUGCCUUACACAUUUGGGCAAGUAUGGCGAAUAUCCUGGCAACCCGAAUUGUGUCAAAAUGUCCAGAAUUAAUAUACGAAAAGGAUCAUGGCGGAAAAUUCCCUUUCAUGAUAGCGGCUGAGUAUGUAAAUCUAAAUGGUCUUAAUUUUCUACUGGACAAUAUGGAAGACCCAAAUUCUCACAUUAAUUGUCCCGAUAAGCAUGGAAAUACUGCUCUGAUACUUGCCAUUAAAGAUGCUUAUAGGGGACCAAUUUCGGAAGUCAUCCAGGUUUUGGUAAAGCACGGAGCAGACAUUCAUUACAUAAAUCCUAACACUUUAGAGAAUGCGUGGCAUUAUGCAUUUUCUUGGAGCAAUGUACGAAAAUCCGAAUUAUUAUUCCCUCUACUCAAAAUCUUACUAGAAUAUGAGGUUUCACCAGAUUUAUUAGAUAACAAAGGCCGUACAUUCUUUCAUUCGAUUCUGAUCAGCGAUAAUCUCCACAUGCUGAAACCCUAUAUUACUCAGUUCUUGGAGUUCUUCGUUUCAAAUAAUUUGGAAAGAAUAUUUUAUUGCAAAAACGGAGAGGGUCUGACGGUUGUGGAACUUGCUGAGAAACUCAAAAUAUAUGAAAGUAGUGAUGGCGAUAGUUUAUUGGAUGUUCGGAUACCAUUAGAUGAGAAAAGGGUCAUCGCAGAACCAGACAACAUACACGAGUGUAACGUUUCAAAUCCUGAUGAACUCGAUAUUAGUGGAAGCGUAUCUUCAAGUGAUGAUGAGUAUUGGCAAGAUAGAAGGGACCUGCUAGAUAUAAUUAUUGAUUUCAUUAAGAAAUUGAAAUCAAAUGAACUUAACGUGCAAUGAGAUUUAUUUGUAGCGUCCAAAAAAUAAACAAAUUAUAAUUAAUUUGUGUACUUUA